AUGGCGGGCCUCGACCUGGACGAGGAAAUCGAUGUCUCGUUCGUCGACAUCGCGCCCCCCACUCCGCCGCACAAGCUGGUCCGAAAUGCGCGAUUCCCCUUCUGCUGUCGGCGCCGGCGGGGCCCUGGACAGCAGUGUUACGCGGUGCUGGGUGACGAUGUCCUCACAGCUCAGAUCCUCAGCUAUGCUUCCAUUGGCUCACUACAGAGGAUCGGCAUGACCUGCAGGACGUGGCUGGACCGGGCCUAUAGCCUGGCCUCGGACGUGGAGGUGGACAUGGGAUCGUGGAAGUGCGCGCAUCGACGGGCUGGCUCCCACCUGGCCUUCGACCUCGGCAUGUGUCUCUUUCCCGGAGCCAAAUUCGGCAGGACGAUAACUCUUGCAGGCCAGACGUGGAAGAGUCCCGAGCUUCAGAAUUCCGAGGUCGGCGACGACGACCUCAAGGCCGCGUUGAGGCGAUUUCGGACAGGUCAGGUGGCACGGCUGGUUGCAAGCAGCUCCUCCUUGCACUCCUCCUCAGUUCGCUGGGCCCUGGAGUCCUUCUCAGGGCUUCAAGAGUUGUGCCUGAGCGCCUGUGGGUCGGCGAAGAUGGGAGCGGAAGUUCAAGCAUCCUUGGAUUUGUGUACGUCCUUGAGGUCUCUCCACCUGGAUCGGGUGCAGCUGCGCCCACCCCCUGCAAAAGGAUUGAGAGAGCUGAUCGUGGGCCGUCAGGUGAUGCGAGACUUCUGGGUUCUGGGGCACUUUCCACAGCUGAGAGUUCUGAAUGUAUCCAGCAAGGCGUUCAUCAACGCAACCUGUGGGCAAAAGCAUCUGUGGCUGCUCAAGACCUUCAAGGAGUGCCGCAGUUUGGAAGAAGUUCAAGUCUAUUCCGCGGCCGAAGUGACCAAUGAGAUGCUUGCAGUAUUGAUGCAGCAUGUGCCCGAUUUGAAGAAAUUCUCUGGGUGCCACACCUCUCCCUUCGUUGAUUUCGGUAGAACGGUUGACUUUCCUUUUGAAGGCGGUGCUCGUCGUUUGGACGCGGGCUCUUUGUGUACAGAAGCCACGGAUGCUUUCACGGCCCAUUUCCCUGCCGCCGACAUCUUCAUCGACGAUGUCUACGCGGAAAUGUUAGAAGAAGAUGACUCUUGGUAG